GUAAUAUGUUAGCACAAUCUUACCGGAGAUCGCCAUUCAGCUACGAUGUACACGAGUUAUGUUUAAGGCCGGCAAAUGAACGAUUCAAGUGUUUUAUUUAGAUUACCUGAUUCUGUAAAAUGCUUCUAAAAGAUGGCGGCAUAUAGGACAUUCGCAAGCCCAGAGUCCCAAAACUGGCUAAAACAGUGGAGGGCCGUCUUCAUUACGAGGAAAGCCAUCCUGCCUUCUGUCACGUCAAAGUCUUGCAAUCUGCAUUAUGAUAUUCUCCAGACGGCAUCGAAUGAGCAGUCUUGUUCAUCAGACCAUGGUCAUAUAUCUGACCGGAAACAAAUACCUUGUCGAUUUCAUGAAAAACUUCGAAAUGAAAUCAUAUCCAUACACACAAGAAAGAAACCUUCAUGGGGAAACGCUUCGACUGACACAUGGCGAGACUCGUUUCCUAUCGCCAAGUUAUUCAUGCAGUCAGCUGGAUAUGAUGAUAAAACUUCAUUUGAUGAAAUUGACUUCAACGGACUUGCAGCCUUUAUGUUUAACUGCGGGAAAUACACACCCACUGUGAAAACACUAUCUGACGAGACUCGGAAGUACGUGAACAAGAUCCGGCAUAUGCCAGACUUAUGCGCAAGUGCUCUGACAGACCAGGCCACCACUGAGUGUAUAGACAGCAUGCUUGCGUUGCUGAACGACCCAGAUUUUCAGGGAGAUCCAGAAAUACUGGAAGCAAUCAAACAGCUAGAUGAGUUGAAGACCAAAUCUAUAGAUCCCAACUCGGAAUUGCUGAAAUAUAUUAUUGAAGAUACUACAAUCAGAGGCAUUCAAGAAAUAAAUGAACUUGCUUCUGCUAAAGAAGGCAAAUACAGCGAACACGCAAGUGAGAUAAAGGGUGACAUUGAGAAACUCAGCGAUAUGUUAAUGUCCAGUAUAAACGAACAAGGUGAGAGUGUCAUUAACGAUAUAACAAAAACAUUUGAGAGGGCAAAACGCGAAAUGAGCGAAUUUAUUGGAUGUGAACAACAAAAGAUAAUGAACGAAAGAGGGGAACAAAGGGAGGCCAAAUUAACAAAAGCAAAGUCAGAUUUACACCAACAAUUGCUCAAUCAUUACCAGGCAACGUCUGUCCGAUUGAACAUCCGAUUGGACAUCGACGCAGCCAUAGAAGACAUUUAUGAAAAGCCCAAACUUAUAUUGAAGAACAAUAAAGACAAAGAUGGAAAAAUAAAAGAUAAAGAAAUAUCAGAAAUGAAUGAUAUGUUUCUGAGUGAAAAUGGCACGAUGGCUAAAACAGUAUUCGUGGUGGGCGGACCGGGCCAGGGCAAGUCCUCGCUGUGUAAAAAGAUUGUCCAUGGCUGGUGCGAACUGAAAAAGGACGGAAAUGAGAAGACAGAGAAAGACAACAUGUUAAGCCAGUUCGGGUUCUUAUUCUACGUAAGGCUCCGAGAGGCUGCUGAUCAAUGCAAAAUCAAAGAUAUGAUAAUACAAUGUUUGAUUGAACAGAUUCAUUCAGAUGAUAAAGAGUCAAAAGAGUUGUUAUCAGAUAUUUUGAAAUCAGAAUGUUGCCUUCUUCUGCUUGAUGGCUUAGACGAGUGGACACAUUGUCUCAAAUGUAAGCGUGAUGAACGAAUUCCUCAUGUUGAAACAGGUUGGAGGAACUGUACAACAUUAAUAACAACACGACCAUACAAACUAGCGGAGUUGAAAAUGACCCGCUUACAACUCGGCAAUCAUGUGCUGUUGGAGGGCGUUCGAUCACCUAAGGAACUUGUUCGGAGAAUACUUGAGGAGUUGGAGGAAUAUCAAGAAAUAAAACGUCCAAAUACCUGCGUUCAAGACCUCAAAACAAAAGGACUGUGGCAUUUCAGCGAUGUUCCAAUCGUGCUUGUUCAAAUUGUUUGGCUCUGGUACAGAGACCAGCUAAAGGCAAACAUGUCUCUGCCUGAAGUUUACGAGAAAAUAGUAAAAGAAAGGUGGUGUGAAAUGAACGACAAGAAAAAGAUAGAGGACAGCGAACUUCCAGAGGAAUUUCUUUAUUCUUUGGGCAAAUUAGCUUUCAAUAAACUGUUUUCAGCAAAUGAGGACGAGUCCAUUGUUUUUGGCAUUGCACAGGGUCAGUUAGAUGAUAAAUACCAACGAGAAUCUCUUGAGUCUGGCAUCAUGUCCUGUAGUAGUAAAAGAGGUGAAAGAAUGGCGUCUUAUCAAUUUUUGCACAAAACGCUUCAAGAAUACUUUUCAGCAUUGUAUUUGGCGAAAAGCAGCAGAUCAGAUUUGCUCAAACAUUGUCAACACGUUCAAGUCGUGUAUAGACAUAACAGGAGGGAAGGUGUGCUUAACAUGCGUCAAAUGUUCCUGUUUCUAUGCGGCAUGAAUAUUACUGCUGCUGAAGUGUUUUCGAAGUCAUUAAAUGAACUUUUUACUGCAUACUCUGAAAGAGACGGAUAUUCAACCAAGAAAGCAAGAGAUUUCCAGGAUAUGAUACUGCAAGGCUACGAGGAGGCAGAGAGAAGCAGACACACCACAGCGGAGUUCUGCCUGCAGCAUGUUGUCCUUGAUUGUGAUGAGUAUGAUUUUUAUGAUGAUGAUGAUGAUGAUGAUGAUGAUGAUGAUGAUGAUGAUGAUGAUGAUGAUGAUGACAAUGAUGAUGAUGAUGAUGAUGAUGAUGAUGAUCGAUUACGAAAACAGAAGUCAAUAUUGAAACAAUGCUUGGAUAAAAGAAAAUCAACUAUUGUAUCAUUAUACAUAACGAAAAAAAGCCGCCUCUCUUCUUUGUCUUCUUCUCUUCAGGACAGCAAUGAUCCAAGUGUUCUAGAUUUAGAGAUUUGCAAGAAUCUAAAAUUUGUUGUUUUAGUGAAUGUGCCAUAUAAAGAUAUCAACCAAAUGAAUUUGAAUGGAUUAUUAGAAUGCCAGAUAGAAUUCGAUCAUCUUCAACCAGCUAAUAAACUAGUAUCGUCAUUUCUAUCCUCAGAUUUAACAUGUUUGAAAACACUCAAAUUGUACAACAUAGGCUGGGAAAGUAAAGCUGACGAAAUAAUAUCCAAACUUCAAAAUAUUGAACAACUAAGCGUAACAUGGAAGGAACGUUCCCCAAAUGAUUCAAAAUUCGACCUUGAGCGCCUUCGACAUCUCGAACACCUCAACGAACUCUCAUUAAAGCGACUUGCUUUGUCCGACGUUGUUAAUCUACAGAUGCUCGAUCUUCACAAGUUAACGGUCGGCUUUGAAACACAAGUACGAGCACCACAGUUGAUGGCGGCGUUACUAGCACAAAGUGACGAUUCACAAAGUCCAAAUCUGGAUGGGCGCCUUUUUUUCCUUAGGAAUGUUACAUUGGAAAAACUGAUCAUGUCAGCAGGAGAGUUCAGACGUCUCGUUAGUAUUGUGAUACAGUCGGGACAUUCUGUGAACUGCAUGUUAUCGACCUGUACAAUAGAGCCUGAGGAGGAAGUGAAACAGCUGCAGGUGGAGAUGGAGACCCACCCCGCUCUUCAGAUGGUUGCUCUACAGGCCGCCUCAGCUGACUAUACAACACAAAUUACAUUACGUGAUACGACCAUGUCAGCAGGAGUGUUCAGACAUCUCGUUAGUAUUGUGAUACAGUCGGGACAUUCUGUGAACUGCAAGUUAUGGGGCUGUACAAUAGAGCCUGAGGAGGAAGUAAGACAGCUGCAGGUGGAGUUGGAGAACCAGCCCGCUCUUCAAAUGGUUGCUCUGCAGCCCGUCUCAGCUGACCAUACAACACACCUUACAUUACUGGAUACGACCGUGUCAACAGGAGUGUUCAGAUGUCUCGUUAGUAUUGUGAUACAGGCGGGACAUUCUGUGAACUGUAUGAUAUUUGAAUGUACAAUAAAGCCUGAAGAGGACGUGAGACAGCUGCAGUUGGAGAUGGAGAACCAGCCCGCUCUUCAAAUGGUUGCUCUACAGCCCGUCUCAGCUGACUAUACAACACAAAUUACAUUACAUGAUACGACCAUGUCAGCAGGGGUGUUCAAACGUCUCGUUAGUAUUGUGGUACAGUCGGGACAUUUUGUGAACUGUAUGUUAUCGGGCUUUACAAUAGAGCCUGAGAAGGAAGUUAGCCAGCUGCAGGUGGAGAUGGAGAACCAGCCCGCUCUUCAAAUGGUUGCUCUACAGGCCGUCUCAGCUGACUAUGCAACAAACAUUACAUUACAGGAUAUGACCAUGUCAGCAGGGGUGUUCAAACGUCUCGUUAGUAUUGUGAUACAGUCGGGACAUUCUGUGAACUGUCAGUUAUUGAGCUGUACAAUAAAGCCUGAAGAGGAAAAUAGACAGCUGAAGGUGGAGAUGGAGAACCAGCCCGCUCUUCAAAUGGUUGCUCUGCAGCACGUCUCAGCUGACCAUACAACACACCUUACAUUACAGGAUACGACCAUGUCAACAGGAGUGUUCAGAUGUCUCGUUAGUAUUGUGAUACAGUCGGGACAUUCUGUGAACUGUAUGUUAUUUGAAUGUACAAUAAAGCCUGAAGAGGACGUGAAACAGCUGCAGGUGGAGAUGGAGAACCACCCCGCCGUGAAACUUUUGACCCCUUUUCGGCUUGAUGUUCGCAAUAAAUGGUUUAUUGCGUUCCACGUCAACGUAAAAGAGUCCACGGAACCGGAAGUGACCCUACAGGCUUCCGGAAGGGACUCCUCUAGCUCUGUCGCGUCACCGGAGCCGGAAGUGUUCUUACAGGCUCCCGAAAGUAACUCCCAUAUCUCCCUCGGAACAUUUCACUGA